CGUUAACCAUUGUUUCUUCUCUGUCCGAGUCUCUUUGAUUUUGCUGACCUCGAUCGAGAGCGAGUGUCUUCGUUAAAACAUCUCACGUUGGUUAUAUACGCUCGCACAGGAGAGAUUGUUCUAAAAUUUGUACGUGCUUCAAAAAGGGUAUUGUAUGAGUCAAAAAAUAGAAAAACCGAUACUAUCAGGUCAACGCAUAAAGACCAGAAAAAGAGAUGAAAGAGAAAAGUAUGACCCAACUGGAUUUCGAGAUGCAGUUUUGCUUGGUUUGGAGAAAGCUGGUAACGACUUAGAAGCAAUUUCUAAAUUUUUGGACGCGGCUGGUUCUAAGUUGGACUAUCGUCGAUAUGGAGAGGCACUAUUUGACAUCAUGAUAGCUGGAGGCCUUUUAGUUCCUGGUGGUUCCAUUGCUCAAGAUGGUGACAAACCAGUUAAAACUAGUGCAUGUGUUUUUGAACAGCCAGAGGACAUGGAGUCUAUGCGAAAUUUUGAACAGGUCUUUAUCAAGCUCAUGCGGCGUUACAAAUAUCUGGAGAAAAUGUUUGAGGAAGAAAUGAAGAAAGUAUUAGUUUUCAUGAAAGGAUUUUCACCUAAAGAAAGAAUUAAGUUAGCUAGGAUGACAGCACUAUGGAUCUCGAAUGGUUCUGUACCACCCACGGUACUCUCAGUCCUGAUAAAUGAACAUCUUGUUAAGGACAAUUUGGCAUUAGACUUUCUACUGGAAGUCUUUGUUACUUGGAAACAGGAGAAGGGUUUAUCUAGUUUAAUGACAGCUCUGAAGAAAGGCGGUAUUGAGGGAAGGUUGAUGGAGUUUGUACCACCGAAUAAACGAACAGAGGAACACUUCCGGUCUGUAUUCGAAGCAGUAGGCUUGGCGGAUAUCGUCAAAUUACACAAGGCUCAAGCCAGUCAAGAAGCUAAGCGGGAUUUGCAACAACUUCUCUUGGAUGAUUUAGCAGAAAAUAGGCCGAUGAAAGACAUUACAUUAGAUUGCACUUUAUUAAGACACAUAAAAGUACUUUUAUUAUUUACUGUUUAGAUUUGGGUUGUCGUAAUGGGCCAAGCUGAAUGGAACAAGAAAGAAGAAUUAGUCGCUGAACAAGCACUGAAACAUUUAAAAGUUUAUACUCCACUGUUCGGUGCUUUUACAACCACUGCCAGAUCUGAGCUUGCACUCAUCCUCAAAGUCCAAGAGUUCUGUUAUGAAAACAUGAAUUUUAUGAAAGUCUUCCAAAAGAUUGUUUUACUCUUUUAUAAAACGGAAGUUGUAUCGGAAGAUGUAAUAUUGAAGUGGUACAAAGAAGGGCAUUCCGUGAAGGGAAAAAUGCUCUUUCUAGACCAAAUGAAAAAAUUUGUGGAGUGGUUACAGAAUGCUGAAGAGGAAUCUGAAUCAGGAGAAGAAGAGGAUUAGAUAUUCAAGAAAACGCAUCAUUGCCAGUGACAAAAAAACGAUAGUCCUAAAAUUUCAAGAUAGAUCAAGAAUAAUAUCAAUCGGAAAAGGCAUACGGAUUCU